CCAACCGAUCAACACAGCAUUGUCGAUCGACAGUCCUAGUACUUCUUACUACGGUCGUGCGAUUACGAUUUAGUGCGUUUAUCUGAGUCUUAGUGGUCUCGUGUUUCACGUUUCUAGAAGACAACGAAGUMGUUCAAAACAUCAAGAAAAAUGAAUUCCAGUCUAUUGUUUUUCGCAGCAGCGGUUGUGACGGUCGUCAGCGGAAGCGCAGUGUACCCACUCCCAGUGCACCACGCUCCGGCUACCACCCAAUACCACUCACAAGAUGAAUUAGGACARUACGCGUACGGUUACUCCGGUGGCCCGUCGUCCAAGCACGAACAGCGCACCGCGGACGGCGUGACCAGCGGUGGUUACUCGUACGUGGACGCCAACGGCAUCGUCCAGUCACUGGCCUACGUGUCCGACCCGGUCAACGGUUUCCGCGUGAGCGGCACCAAUCUGCCCUCAGACUCCAACACCGCCCACCACGCCGCCUURCCCGUCGUCCACCACGCCGAAGUGCCAGCACCAUACUACGUGCCCGCCGCCGCCGCAGCACCUGUGCUUCCAGUCGCCUCUUCCUACUCCAGCGUCGUCCACCACCAUGAAGCUGCCGCGCCGAUCAUUGUCAAGAGCCCGUCGUACUACGUGCCUGCCGCUCAYCCACUGAUCAAGUUGGCCAAGCCACUGACGCCCGCCAGCACUUCCAACGUCCACUAUCCAGAGCACGCCGUCCUCCUGGCCGCUCGUAAGAAGCGUAGCGCUGGACUUUACCCUACACUGGUCUCCGGUUACUCGGCCGCUCCCGCUCACGUCGUCACCGUCAAGCACACCGAAUUCGCCGCCCCACCGACGCCAAUCGUCCACCACUUGGCCGCCCCAGCACCGUACUACCUGGCCGCCGCCCCAGCACCCGCUCCGGUGGCCACUUCCUACACCAGCGUCACCCGCCACCACGAACCAGCUGUGGCCUCAGUGCUCACUUACGCCGCCCCGGCCCCACACGUCUACGCUGCCCCGGCACCACACGUCUACGCCGCCCCGGCACCACACACCGUCUAUGCCGCUCCGGCCGUAGCAGUGGCCCCGGCCAAGAGCCAAUUCCACUCACAAGACGAACACGGUCAGUACACCUACGGUUACACAGACGGUGCAUCCGCCAAGACCGAGACCCGUUACGCUGACGGUGAGACCAAAGGAAGCUACUCGUACGUGGACGAUCAAGGAUCAGUCCAGGCUGUCCACUAUUCCGCUGGCGCUGAAGGUUUCAAAGCCGCAGGAACCAACAUUCCUGUUCACCACGUUUAAUGAUCUGCAAACUCCGCCUACCCCCRUGCUGAUCGAGUAACAUAUUGUAUACUCUAUUGCAUAGUCYUCCCUUCUUUUUCUAUACCUACAUAUAAAUAAUAAACAUUUUUUAUGGAA